UGCUCCUGGGCCGUCAGCAUGGCUGCCUUCGCAGAUUUGGACAUAAGAGCGGGCUCGGACCUGAAGGCUCUGCGCGGGCUGGUGGAGACCGCUGCUCACCGUCUGGAACUAGAACCCAGGGCUUCGUGUAUGCUAAUUGGAUAUUCAGUUGUUGCCAUCAAUCAUAUUGUUGACUUUAAGGACAAGAAACAGGAGAUUGAAAAGCCAGUAGCAGUUUCUGAACUCUUCACAACUUUACCAAUUGUACAGGGAAAAUCAAGACCGAUUAAAAUUUUAACUAGAUUGACAAUUAUAGUUACAGAUCCGUCUCACUGUAAUGUUUUGAGAGCAACUUCUUCAAGGGUCCGGCUGUAUGAUAUUGUUGCAGUGUUUCCAAAGACAGAAAAACUUUUUCAUGUUGCUUGCACACAUUUAGAUGUGGAUUUAGUCUGUAUAACUGUAACCGAGAAAUUACCAUUUUACUUCAAAAGACCCCCUAUUAAUGUGGCAAUUGACCGGGGUCUGGGCUUUGAGCUUGUCUAUGGCCCUGCUAUCAGAGACGCCACGAUGAGAAGGUACACAAUUUCCAACGCCCUCAGUUUGAUGCAGAUCUGCAGAGGAAAGAAUGUAAUUCUGUCCAGUGCUGCAGAGAAGCCUUUGGAAAUAAGAGGACCGUAUGAUGUGGCAAACUUAGGGCUGCUGUUUGGGCUGUCUGAGAGCGAAGCCAAGGCUGCCGUGUCCACAAAUUGCCGAGCUGCGUUUCUCCAUGGAGAAACUAGAAAAACUGCUUUUGGAAUUAUUUCUACAGUGAAGAAACCCCGGCCAUCAGAAGCGGAUGAUGAUUCUCUUCCAGUUAGCAAGAAAGCUAAAUGUGAGGGGUGAUGAGGGCGCCGUCUCCAUCAGCCUCCUCCUCCCAUUACAGCUCUUCGUCACAGUGGAAGUAAAUUUGUGCUGAGUGGGUAUUUUCACUAAACUAGAACCAGCAGUCUAGAAAACAGCUUUAUCUCAGACCAUAACAGCGGCAAAGAAAAUCCAGUGAGGCGUUUUCUAAAGACUGGCAGUUCAGUUCAUUUAGAUAUACUUUAAGAUAAAAAGCUUUUUUAUCCUCUUUGUGAAUAAUAAACCAUAGUAAAUAUACCAAAGUAAGAUGUUUCAGUAUUUUAAGAUAUUGAAGAUAAAUAAACUAAUGUUUUUCUACUUGA